AAUAGGGCAUAUCGUUUUUCUUUUAAUUAACAUCGGAGUCGGAAUACGAAAAAUACUGAACAAUUCAUCAUUCAUUGCAUAUUUUUCGCGAAGGAGUUUAUGAUUAAAUCUACCGUCAUCUGUUAAAUUAUGGCUGAUGAAAAGGAAGAAGUUGUAGAGUCCCCUGAAAUCCACUUUGAGCCAGUUGUCAGACUUCCUGAAGUUGAGGUCAAAUCUCUCGAGGAAGAUGAAGAGGAGAUAUUCAAGAUGCGAGCUAAGCUAUUUAGGUUUGACAAUGAGGCAGAACCCCCAGAAUGGAAGGAGAGAGGCACGGGAGAUGUGAAACUUCUGAAACACAAAGUCACAGGGUUAAUACGACUACUCAUGAGGAGAGAUAAAACACACAAAGUCUGUGCCAAUCAUUUUGUGACAACACAGAUGGAGUUGAAGCCCAAUGCCGGCAGUGACAGGGCUUGGGUGUGGCCAGUCCCCUCAGAUUUUGCUGAUGAAGAAGCUAAGCAAGAGUUGUUAGCAAUCCGGUUUGCCAAUUCAGAAAAUGCAUUGAAGUUCAAAGAAAAGUUUGAAGAGGCUGGCAAAGAGAAUGAAAAAACAAAAAUUACAAAUGGAGUGUCGGAAACAGAUGAACAAAAGUCUGAGAGAGUGAGUCAAGGAGGUGGUGAUACAAAUAAAACUGAUGAUGACAAAGAGACUAGCUCACUGACAGAGAAGCUGGAAGACUUAACAGUUAAAGGAGCAGAUAGCUCAGAGAGUAAAACGGCUAAAGAAGAGGAAGGAGCCAAAGACAAACCCAGUGAUUCUAACAAGCCAAAAGAUGCACAGAGUUAAGGGUGUCGCAUCUAGGUGAUGAACAGGGACGUUAGGAACUCUCUAUUCACUUUUUGUGUAGAGAUUUGAUUCUCUGAUUUGGGGAACAUGCAUGAAGUAUACUUGUUAAAGUUGAAUAAGACACUCAUUAUUUAAAAGAUGUCUGAAAAUAAUCAAUAGACAAGUUUUAAUUGUAAAGAGAAUAAGCAGAGAUCUUGUGUAGAAGACGUGAAAUGUGAUCUGUUAUCUGUGUUAUAAACUUCUCUGUUUGCAUUUCCUGCCAGUCAAGCUGAAAAUACUGUAGGUGUGCUUACAUGUAUUUACCUGGAUUUACCUUUUCAGUUUAAUUUGCAAACUUGUCCAAAAUUCUUUAUUAUGAAUACCAUGUUGGGGGAAAAUGCAGUAAAGAUGGAUACUUGGAAAUUUAUAUUUUUCUUCAACAUGCCUAUGUCAAUUUUGUUUCCCAUAGCAUAGUCUCGUGCAUAAUGUCAAUCUCAGCUGAUUUAUAUUUUGUCAUUUACAAGCCAGCAUACUAUUGCAGGCCAUAUUUUAUUUCAUUUAUUGGUUCUAGAUUUAUGAACAUGUACCACUUUCAUUGUAGAAUAUUAGACUGAACUUCAAAGUUGUAUUUAAGCACAGAAAAAGAAUGUAACCAGUGUGCACUCACCUAUUUUAAAUGUUUUGACAUAAAAUACCGGUAUAUUUUGUAUAUGCAAAUACCCAAAGCAUGCUGUAUUUAAAAAUCACUACUUUGUCUAAAAAUACUUAUACAUGUAGAUAUAUGAGCUGAUUUUAAUUGUUGCAAAUAUUGGGAGAUUUCAUGCUCUUAAUGGUUUUGGGUUGUAAUACAUAUACAAAACGGCAAACACCAGAGAUACAUAUUAAGUAUUUUUGAAUGAUCCGUUUUUAAGUUUUUAGACUUCCAAUCAGCUGUUUAAUUGAAUCUGUUCGUAACUACAGCAUCUACAUUAUAUUUGUGUCCAGUAUUUGACACAACAGAAAAUUUAUACUGGUGUAUAAACUUGUUGUUAAGUGAAUUGUUGUUAAAAUUAUCUGUAACUUCAUCGAUAUUUGUUUGAGAUGAAUAAAAUAUGAAAAGAAAUGU